GGCUUACAGCCGAUCGCAUAUUAAAAAAAAAUGCUUCCGCUGGGAUAAAUUUGCAGCUCAAGUCUUCAAGGUCUCAGUAAUUCUCAGCCUCUCUCGACUUUAUCAGCAUGCAGCAAACCAUGGCCCAAAACUUCUUUCCAGGCCCUGAUUUCAAACCAGUCGAAGAGAUGUAUGGAACAGGAAUCAUGCCAUUUGAUAAUUCGCAGUCUACUUCCUCAUGGCCAGUCACUGCUGUAGGCUGUUCUCCCACUCUCUUUGGCGCAACUGCUACGGACGCCUGGGCUAUGAAUACGAAUCCACUGUCGAAUCUCCAGAGCUUAGAAUCAUCGUCUACCGCUUUCGAUAACGCGUUUGUCAGCAGCCCGGAAAGUGUAACCCCACAAUUUCUUGGAGAUCUCUCCUCCGAUCAAUCGCACGAAGAUGCUCUACAGCUUUCGGGGACUUGGAAAUCAAUCAAUUCUGAGCGUAGCAGCUUCUCGUCUUCGAAUACUGAUUUCGAAGUCAAAGAAUACACCAAAGAGGAUCCAGCAAGGACCGAACGAGCCCAGAGACGCCGCAGAAAGAAUCUUGAUCCGAAGCAAAGACAUGCCGACAAGCUUGAGAAGAACAGAAAGGCGGCAGAGCGUUGUCGCCAAAAGCAACGGUCCUAUGUCUCCACUCUGCAAGAGCGAGCAAGAGAGGAAGAGAUAAAGCGCGCUCGAUUAAUUGCUCAAGUCUCUCAGCUGAGGGAUGAUAUUCUGUCACUCAAAGAGAGCAUGGUCAGUCAUAGUGGCUGUAACGACGAAAGAAUCCAACAAUACCUGCUAUCCGAGCUGCAAAAAUCGACUUCACGGCGGACGAGUUCAGUGUCAUCUAUCCCAAGCAUGCACAUCUCUCCUCCACUUCAGGAGGAAAUCCUGCGACAACAGGUCAGCUGAUGUUUGCAGAUACUGACCAGGUUUGUCCUCUAUUUGAGGGUUUGGCUGGCUUAAGCUGUCAAUUACGAAUACGAAAGCUGCCAUAUCUCUUUCUUUACAUUCAAAAAGC